AUGAUACAGCUGGAUGACAAGAGUGCUGACUUGUGUACAUUUGGGACGCCAUUCGGCCGGUACCAAUAUUUACGUUUGCCAUACGGCAUAAAUUCGGCUUCUGAGGUGUUUCAUGCUCGAGUUAGGCAGUUGUUAGAAGACCUGGAAGGCGUCGACUCAUUCGUUGAUGACGUCAUCGUCUGGGGUUCUACUAAGGAGGAGCAUGAUGAGCGCCUUCGAAGCCUUCUGGAGAGAGCCAAUGAGGUAGGUAUAAAAUUCAAUCCAGAAAAGUGUGAGUUCGGUGUGAAUGAGGUUACUUAUUUGGGCCAUAGAUUUAGUAUUGAUGGUAUGAAAAUAGACCAAACUAAAUUAAAGGCGAUUACUAAUAUGCCGAGUCCAACAGAUCGUUCAUCACUCGAACGCUUCCUCGGUAUGGUUAAUUAUGUUAGUAAAUUUAUUCCUCAUUAUUCGGAAAAGGUUGCACCGUUGCGUAAUUUGUUGAAAAAAGAUAGUGAGUGGUGUUGGGGUGAGUGCGAGGAGGUCGUGGUAAGCGAGUUGAAGCGUGCGUUGUGUGCGGCGCCCGUGCUGGCGCUGUUCGAGCCGCGCGAACCCGCCGUGCUGUCGGUGGACGCGAGCGCGCGCGCUCUCGGCGCGGUGCUGCUGCAGGCCGGCCGACCUGUCGAAUUCGCUUCAAUGACGCUCACGGACACACAGCAAAGAUACGCUCAAAUUGAAAAGGAGAUGCUGGCAAUAGUUUUCGCUUUGGAAAGGUUUCAUCAAUACAUCUUUGGAAAAAAUGAUGUAAUCGUUGAAACCGAUCACAAACCUUUGAGGCUUUGUUCAAAAGUCACUUGA